UUUUAUAAAUUCUCCUAAUCUAAAUUGAUAUUAUUAGUAAAUCUAACCUUUUGUAUGAUGAAACUUAUAAAUUGAUUUGUGACGGUUGAACAUAUGAUCGCUCGAGGGCAGCACUUUGAGGCUGCUCAGUUGUAUGAAAACCGUAAAGGUCAAUUCAAUUGACUCAAUUGAGUUUCUCUCAAUAAAAUUAUUUCAUCUUUAUUGUUGAUUUCAACCACUUGUUUAAUUUCAUUCUCGUGUUUAAAAGUUGCUUUGGUUUGGUGUUUUUUUUUAUAAUCUUUAUUACUUUUCCAUCUAAUUGUAAUUAAACACUAAUUGUGAUUCAUCUUUUUAUGUCUUCAAUUGGUCUUCAAUUAUAUCUAAAGCUCUAAUUAUUUUAAUACUUGUAUACUUUGGUACCGAAUAUUAGUGUUUAUGGAAGAUUACAAGUAUCUAUUUAAAAUUGUUCUAAUUGGAAAUGCUGGUGUUGGUAAAACAUGUCUCGUUCGUCGAUUUGCUCAGGGUUUAUUUCCUGGUGUACAGGGUGCAACCAUUGGAGUUGAUUUCAUGAUUAAAUCAUUGAUGGUCAAUGAUGUCAAAGUUAAACUUCAAAUCUGGGACACCGCUGGUCAGGAACGGUUUCGAUCGAUAACUCAAAGUUAUUACCGAAGUGCUCAUUGUUUAAUCUUGGUUUAUGAUGUUUUCUCCCAAUGCUCAUUUGAUUCACUACCCCAAUGGUGCCGAGAUAUUGAUCAAUAUGCUGGUGCAGCGAUUGCAGGUAACGGUCGUAACGUCCUGAAAGCGCUGGUUGGUAAUAAAUGUGAUAAAGACCGUGAAGUCCCUUUACACAUUGCUGAACAAUUUGCACACAACAACAAUUUCGAUAUAUUCAUGGAAACAUCAGCACUUGAGGCCGAAAAUGUUGAGAAAUUAUUCCGUGAGAUUGCCAAGAUUCUGGUUACCCGCGCGCAACAAGCUAACGGUGGAUCCAUAUCUCGAUCUGUAACCCAGAAUAGUUUUAAUCAAUCGACGAGAUCAUUUAGUUGUCCAAAUUGUGUACCUAAUUAGUUAUCUACACCCAAUUCACCCCAAUCUAAAUUAUAUAGUUUAUUAACUAUAUAUUAUCACAAUUAUUUUCUAUUUGAUUUUUGUGACUUUAACUUUCAUUCCAAUUCUUUUUCUAUUUACUUAAAUUUCUCUCUCUUCUCUCUCACUUUAAUUUGCUUACUUAAUAGUCACAAUCGAUCACAACUCCAACAUCAAUCAACCACCAAAAAAAAAACAUUAACUCAUCAAAAUCACCACCAAUGAAUUGAUAUAUAUUUAGUAUAUAUAACGAUGAAAUUAAAAACAUCAACAUGAUUUACUAAUUAUAGCUGAUUGUCAGCUUUCAAAUUCACCUCUGCCUUUGCAUUUUAAAUCAUAAUUCAAUUUGUAUCAAUUAUUGUUGUUAAUUUCCUGUCGUGAUUAUUUUCCCUCUCCCAUUCAAAAUCACAAUUUAAAUCUAAAUCUUAAUAACAGCAAUUAACUAAAUCAAAUAA